GAAGUGGUGUCAUGGAAAACAUCAGGACAGUCAUGUUAGAGCAGGGACAGAGUGAUCACAGCCUAUUAAAAUAAAUGUGCACAACAGUGUGUAUGGAUGAGAGGCUACCCGUAAUGACAGAGAGGAGAUUCCUCCCCCACGUGUUAGAUCCUGCAUAAUGAUGAUUUUUGGAGAGAGAGCUCUGACUUCACUCUGCCCCUGACUGGCUGUUACAUAAUUGAUGAAGGAGGGAUGAGCGCUGUAGAUUUCCUCUGCUGAAAUGCAGCAGCAGCUGCUGCCUGCAUGCUAGGUCCAUUACGGUAGUCCACAUCUAUCUCUGUGUGGGGCAGAGGAGCUUCACGGAUACAGAGACCGUGAGGAGGGAGAGGACAGGGGAAGUGCCGAUUGCUGCAAACCCAGACUUUGGCAGCAGGGUUAUUUUCACCACAGAAAAGGACUAUUUGUCGUCCUUAGUAUGUUGAGGAAGGGCUCAGAGCUGCAGAAGGGGGACAGAGAAGUACUCCUGGAUCUGGACUACGGUGGAGAAGCACCAAACACAGACAGCUAUGGGAGUCUACAGAAUGGGAGCUUCAUCCCGCCAAGAUAUCUCUCAACUGCAGUCGCUGAUGACGGCAUGGAUGGUGAUGAUCCCAUUUAUGUCCACUGUGAUACAAGAGACAGCAACCCUGUUCCUCAGCUGGGGAAUUACUUCAGGGAUGGAAAAACAAAAAUCGACUUUGUGCUGGUGUGGGAAGUUCGCUCCCGGAGGAAAAGGCGAGGAAAGGAGAAGAGGGAUGGGACUGCUGAGGAGGGAGAAGCUGUGCCCACCGGGGAGAGCAGCAGGUCUGAGCGGAGGAAAGCACAGCUGGCUCAGUGGAGGGAGAAGUUUGUGCAGAAUCUGGAGAGUGUUGGAUUGCUCAUGGAGAGGGAGGAAACAGCAAAUGAAAAGAAGACUAUACAUUUUCUGAAACUCAGCGCUCCUUGGGAUGUUUUGGUGUGUUAUGCUGAAGAACUCUGUGUGAGAGCUCCAUUACAGGCACAGCCACAUCUGGACAUGAACACAUCUGCUCGGGUACUAAGUAGACUAUGCAUACCUAACGCCAUGACGGAAUCUGUGCCAAACAGGCCGCUGGACUAUUACACAUGUGCCUUUCGCAAGUCAAAGAUGAGCAGGUUCCUUGGCUGUAACAAUCAUGAAAACUACUUCACUAACACACAAAGACAUCGUAUUGUAUAUGAGAUUCUUGGGAGGACAGUGUACGGCAAAAGGAAGAGGGCAGAGGUCGGUGUGGACAGACUUGUGAAUGAAGGAGUGUACACAGCAGCUUUCCCUCUGCACGAGGGCCCAUUCGAACUUCCUAAAUAUGAGAUGCGCCCUGAAGAGCUGAACCAGAGGCAGGUUCUCUACCAGUACUGGGCCCGCUGGUUAAAGUGGUACAAGUACCAGCCACUGGACCACAUCAGGGAGUACUUUGGAGAGAAGAUUGCGUUCUACUUUGCCUGGCUGGGUUUCUACACAACUUGGCUGCUGCCAGCGGCAGUGGUGGGAACUCUGGUCUUUGUGUCUGGAGUCAUGUCGAUGGGAACCAACACACCAGCUAAGGAGAUCUGUGACAGUGGAGCUGGUUACCUGAUGUGUCCUCUCUGUAACACAUGCAAGGCUUGGAACAUGUCUGAAAUCUGCACAAUGGCUAAAUUGGGCUACUUAUUUGACCAUCCAGGCACAGUCCUCUUCAGCGUCUUCAUGUCCUUCUGGGCCGUAACCUUCCUGGAGUACUGGAAGAGGAAGAUGGCCACACUGGCCCACCACUGGGACUGUAUGGACUUUCACGAAGAAGAGGAACGUCCUCGGCCAGAGUUUGCAGCCAUGGCCCCGACAAUGGAGCAAAAUCCAGUGACCGGAGUCAAAGAGCCGUACUUCCCAGAGAAGACCAGGUUGUCCCGGAUGUUCGGCGGCUCCAUGGUCAUCAUCAUGAUGCUUUCUGUGGUGAUGAUCUUCCUGGUGACGGUGGUCAUGUGCCGUGGGAUCAUAAGCAUAAUGAUGUUCCACACAGGGAGCCCCGUCUUACGCACAGAGGCAGGGACAAUCGCCAACAUCUCCAGCAGUAUUGUGAAUCUGGGCCUCAUUCUGUUGAUGGGCCGGGUAUACACUGCAUUAGCCGAGCAGCUCACUAAAUGGGAGAUGCACAGAACACAAACUCAGUAUGACAACGCCUUCAUCUUCAAGGUGUUCAUCUUCCAGUUUGUCAACUUCUACUCGUCUCCUUUCUACGUGGCUUUCUUCAAAGGAAGGUUUGUCGGUUACCCCACCAACUAUGGGACCUUGUUUGGGAUAAGGAACGAAGAUUGUGGUCCCGGGGGUUGCCUCAUUGAACUGGCUGAACAGCUCUUCAUCAUCAUGGUGGGAAAGCAGCUCAUCAACAACGUUCAGGAAUUCAUUAUCCCGAAGGUGAAGGCCUGGCAGCAGAAGAGAAGUUUGGCCAAGGUUUUGGGGACUAAAACAUCACAUGAGCCCAGACGCUGGGAGGAGGACUACAAGCUGGUGGAGUGUGAAGGCCUGUUUGAGGAGUACCUGGAAAUGGUGCUUCAGUUUGGCUUCAUCACCAUCUUCGUGGCAGCGUUCCCUCUCGCUCCACUCUUCGCUCUCCUCAACAACUGGGUAGAAAUACGUCUGGACGCCCACAAGUUUGCGUGCGAGUACCGCCGGCCGGUGGCUGAGCGCGCCCAGAACAUUGGAGUCUGGUUCAACAUACUGGAGGCUCUGUCACACCUGUCAGUCAUCGCCAACGCUUUCCUGAUCGCCUUCACAUCAGACUUUCUGCCUCGCCUGCUCUAUCAGUACAAGUUCGAUGAUGAUCUCAAUGGAUACAUCAACUUCACCUUGGCUUACGCCCCCUUUAACUUUACAGCCUACCCCAUGUGCAGAUAUAAAGCGUUCAGAGACAACAAUGGAAACUACUCACUGUUCUACUGGGAGCUUCUUGCCGUCAGACUCGGUUUCAUCAUUGCAUUUGAGCAUGUGGUUUUCUUUGUGCUGCGAGCCAUCGACUGGAUCGUACCUGACGUCCCAGAAUCCCUGGAACUGAAGAUCAAGAGGGAACGCUACCUGGCCAAGCAGGCUCUGGCAGAAAACCAGGAGGCUCUGUUGGUGAGUCGAGGCCGAGGGGCCGCUCCUGCCACACCUGGCAGCUCAAGUCCAGGAAGCGACGCGUCCUCUAGAAACAUGAGUUAGGACUCCUGCUCGGGAAACCAGCUCGGGUUUGAGAGGAGAACAGGAGGACUGAGGAGGAGACACAUCUUCACACCUAGGAUUUAAUAAGUGAACUUCUUCCCUGUGUGGGAUGCAUCUUUGUGAUCUUGUCUUUUUAUUUUCAUUUAACAAAUCUGCUUCUGACAUUUAAACAAAACGUAACAGAGACAAAACAUAUCCAAAACUAAGUCUACCUACUUUUUAUCUGGAAUGCAUGGUUCACGGAAAUCUACAGGUUGAUUCAUUGAAACACGAAGCCUUACGAUGGUUCUUAGUCUACAUAAAGACAUUUCACACUUUUUAAAAUCAAAGAUACAACAUCAGCUUGACCCUAAAUUAAACACAUCCAGACAAAACAGAAGAAAAAUGUGAUUUAUACAUCUGUUUACAGUUUUAGCCUCUUUUAAAUCACACUGCUCCUUAUAUUAAAGUUGGCCAAACUGCAGCACAGAAAUGAAGAUAAGAUAAGCACAGUUAAAGCAUAAUUAAAGCACAUCCAUACAAGCAGGUAGCAUUCUGACUGUGGUGUUAGUUUCACUCAAACCUGAAACCUGAGGCAGCGUGUUGGACCUGCCUACAUUUGAUUAAUACGUAUGAGCACAAAGUCAAUAUUAAAUUAAUUUUUUAAUGGCACAGGAGAGAAACUAAAUCCCUGGAGAGAGUCCUGUUUUCAAGGCCCUACAGGGUUUUAUGUUCCCACCUUGAUACAGUAUACAGUUGGACUCCAGGGCUUAAUUUUUAGGUGUGGUUUCGCCUGCAGCACUUCUGACAGCACACAUCCACACCCAUCAGAGACGCUGGGUGUGGUCAGAGGUAAAAACUUUGAAGAGAGAAAAGUGAAACAAGCCUGCUGUUAGUUAGCUCUUCAGGUCGGCACUAGGAAUGGGUAUUUCAAGUCAAAAUACUAUUUGAUAAUCAUUGACGAUUAUACAAAUAAUCCCCCCCCACACACACACACACACUUACACACACACCUGUCCCAUUAACAGCCUGUUUGUGUGGCAGUCACGUUAACCAGCAGCAGGGCGAGGUGCUGCUAGUAGCAGGCACUGACAGUCUGUCUUGAUCUUUAUGUUGGUGUUUCUGUGACGUGGCGUGUGUGUUAACAUUUUACAGCCAUGCUCAGUCUCUGGAAGUGUGAGAUUCAGAAAUGGAGAAAUCGCUGCGACUGUCACAAAUUUUCUCUUCUUUUGCUAUUUAAUGCAGUUAGCAUUCUACUCUGGCGGGAAUACUGUUUUACAACCAGUAAAACGAUGAAAAAUUGUACUUUUAAAAUGAGAAGAUAUUUGAUGGAACUCUUCGAUUUUUACAAAGUGAACAAAUAUUUGAAAAUCAUUGCCCAUCCCUAGUCAGUACAGCCCACAAGACAUGACACAUGACAUCACAUCCUCUCUUUUUAACAUCAAAUAACUGAUUAAAAAUAAACCUCUGGAACAUGGACACUUACCAAUGAAUCAGCAUGAUAACACCUGACUGCUCUGACAGAAAGCAUGUUCGAGAUACAUUUAUUAGACCUGCAUUUGUAUUUACUAGUUUGACCCAUGUUCCAUCUGUUAUAAUGGAAGAGGCAGGUUUUAAGACCUAUACUGCAGCCAGCCACCAGGAGUAGCUCUAAAACUUUGGGCCUCUCUCGGGGUAGCUGUUGUCAAGCCUGUGGUUGAACUUCAACAAUGCUUGAUGCUGUGUUUUUAUUUCAAACUGCUGCACAGAGGGAGAACUUUAGAGGCAGGACUUUGCCUGCGCAGAGAAAAUAUAGCACAGAGGUAAAGCUCCAAACCACUUCGUUAGAAACCCCUAAAUCUGUAUGUGCAUUGUUAACAUUGAGCAGAAGAAGAUGAUGCAUUUUUACUGAACAAAUGACACAAUUUUAUAUCUAAGGGAAUUCACUUUGUCUCCUGAAAAGAUCUGCUUGCUGUGGCAGCAUGUUAGAUUUGGAGUUUAAGAUUAAAUAAAAGAAGUGAAGGAUCAAUGUAUGAAGCUACAAUGUGCUUCCAUUGUCAGGACAUGUUUUUGUUUUUAAGUUGAGGAACAUUUAGGUUAUUAUUCAAACAUAUAGUUGAAAUUAAAAUGUUUAUGCAGAGUGGAAACAAAUCUAUCCGGCAAAUUGAUCAGACUAAGACAAAAUCAUGUUUCUUAACUUUUCUCGCAGUUUGCAAACUAAAGUGUUCUUUUUAAAAUCCUUAAUAGAGUUGAUAAAGUUCAGACAGCAGAUGACGUUAAAUAUGCAGUUUCAGGUCGCAAAGUAUUCUCCAUAAAAAAUAACUGGUCUUUAUGUUUAAAACAACUUUGGUUUACUGAUGUAUUUUUAUAUAUCCAUGAUGAUCCCUUGAGGCUGUUAAGUACUGUACCUACUUUAGCUUACAUACCAAUAACUGAUCAUGUAAAAGUGAAAGAAAGCAACUUUUCAUUUUCAUUACUGAAGGCUUCAAAGCAGAGCUGUCAUUCUACAUGAAAUACCUGCUGUAUUCACAAGAUGAUGAACAUGUUCAAACAUCUAAACUUUGAUCUGCGCUGUACUAUUUGUUAAUACAGAUAUACUGUAAAUGUUUUCUGUCUAUGAAGGCUGUGAAUGUCUGUCUUUUCUACUUGCUCAGCAGACUCUCAUGUGAAGUGUUUCUGGCGGUUGCUGCUGUUCUGUGGUGUUAAUGGAAGUGAAAUGAUGUCCCAAUAUAGAAUAUAUUUUGUGUUUGAGCUGUUUUGCAUUUUAGACUUUUAGAGUAAAUAAAUUUAGUUUGAUGAAUGCAAA